AUGGCCGACGACAAUCGUGGAGAGAGCGAGAGUGUUAGCCUCAAUCACGCCCGAGAACAGACCCUUGAGGCCGACUCCUGGAGCGAUAAUGAUUCUGCUUUGGGCGACGACACUCAAAGCACAACCACUUCGCUGAGCGAGUCAAUAUACAGCUAUCGACAAGAACAUGGUCGCACAUAUCAUGCUUACAAGGAUGGCCAAUAUGUUUUCCCAAAUGAUGAGCGCGAACAAGAUCGAUUGGACCUACAACAUCAUAUGUGCAAUUUGACGUAUAGAAGACUGCAUCUGGCACCUCUAGUGAACCCCAAGCACGCCCUUGACAUUGGAACCGGAACUGGAAUCUGGGCCAUGGAUUUUGCGGAUCAAUACCCCAAUUGCGAGGUGACCGGUAUCGAUCUUAGCCCGGGACAACCCUCCUUCGUUCCGCCUAACUUGAAGUACAUCAUUGAUGAUGCAGAAGAGCUCUGGGUGUAUGACCACAGAUUUGACUACGUCCAUUGUAGAUUGAUGGCCGGAUGUUUCGCUGACCCCGAAAAGCUGAUCCAGCAAGCUUUUGAAAAUCUGGAGCCUGGUGGCUAUCUUGAGUUUCAAGACUACGGACUACCCUGCAGAAGUGUCGAUGACACAUUAGACGGCACAUCCCUCGAAAAAUGGGGUAUUCUGAUGUGCGAAGCUGCCCGCAAGCUUGGUCGUCCCAUGGGCACUGAAGUAUCGGAAAGAUACCGAGAGUGGAUGGAAGCUGCUGGCUUUGUGGAUAUCCAGGAGCAACACUUCAUGUGGCCUUCAAAUCCAUGGCCAAAAGACAAGUACAUGAAAGAGCUGGGCAACUGGAACAUGAUCAACAUCUUGGACGGCCUCGAGGGUUUCUGUCUGGCACUGAUGACCCGAGGACUGGGAUGGAGAAAGGAAGAAGUUGACGUGUUUGUCGCCAAAGUGUCAUCUGAUGUCAAAAACAGAGGUAUACACGCCUACUACCCGAUGCCGGUCGUCUGGGGCAGAAAGCCGUUGACUGCGACUUGA